CCACGCCCCCUACCAAAGGUGGAGCCAAUCAGGAGCCAGAGCUGGAAUCUUGGCUUAGCCCAGUUGAGGAGGAGGAGGAGGAGUCAAAAUUCGGUCCUGACGUUUCAUUGGACCAGACGGGGAGUAUGUUCGCAGGCAACAGCCAAGCGGAGGACAGCGUCACGGUCAUCGAGGAAAUCCCCAUUCAGAAGGAGCACCACCGCCAGACGUACCGCCUGCUGAAGAGGAAGAACGUGAUUGUGGAAGCUGUUCAGAGCCUCAAGAUCAUAGAGGGCCUCUUCACAAUCCAGAGGUUGGUUCAGGAUGAGGAGAAGCUAGAUGGUGUGAACACUAAGUGUUGUAGGAAGUCUAUCCUGCGUCUCAUCAGAUCUCUGUCUAAAGAGGGAAUGCUCAAACUGUUCAGAACCACUGUUAUACAGGACGGAGUCAGCAAGAAGGUGGAGUUUAUAGUCCACCCCUCUGUCUCUCCUAGUGAUGCUUUAGUGAAGUCCGCUAUAGAACAGGUCCGCUUCCGCAUCUCCAGCUCCUACCCUGCUGCACGUAAUGAAAUGCAGGAAGAGGCGAAGGAGAGAGAGAGGAGCAGUGUGGGAAAUGAGGUCCCUGCUGAAUCCCAGAAUAUGAGAACAGAGGACAAGAUUGGAGACAAAGACAAACAACUGAAGAACUUCAAACCUUCUAUAGUUCCAGGUCUCAGCAGGUCUUUGGGGUACCAGCCUAAGAUGCCUCGUCUGAGACUGACACACACCUUCUUGUGGUAUCUGGUCUACGGACACCCCCUGAGACACCCCUCUACCCCCACUCCCCCUGACCUCCACAACACCUCCAGCUCUAUCGUCCUCCCCACUGAUAACCCUGGUGUCCAGACUACCUACCCCACCACCCCCAGUAACCCCUCACAACCCCAAACUACACACCCUGACGACACCCAUCCUUCUAGCUCUGAACACACAGACCUUACCACCUCAACCCCGAAACACAGACUCCCCCAAUCCCCAGAACUCAGACCUCCCCACUUCAACCCCCCGAAACACAGACUCCCCCAAUCCCCAGAACUCAGACCUCCCCACCUCAACCCCCCGAAACACAGACUCCCCCAAUCCCCAGAACUCAGACCUCCCCACUUCAACCCCCCCCGAAACACAGACUCCCCCAAUCCCCAGAACUCAGACCUCCCCACCUCAACCCCCGAAACACAGACCCCCAAUCCCCAGAACUCAGACCUCCCCACCUCAACCCCCCGAAACACAGACUCCCCCAAUCCCCAGAACUCAGACCUCCCCACCUCAACCCCCGAAACACAGACUCCCCCAAUCCCCAGAACUCAGACCUCCCCACUUCAACCCCGAAACACAGACUCCCCCAAUCCCCAGAACUCAGACCUCCCCACUUCAACCCCCCGAAACACAGACUCCCCCAAUCCCCAGAACUCAGACCUCCCCGAAACCCAGAGCCCACCCACUGACAACGCUGCAGUAAGCGACCCCGCCUCCACAGAGGGACAGCCAGGCCUGACCCCUGACCCGGAAGUGAUGUCAUCGUUGGCGGGGGAAGGGCAGGACGUGAUCAAUCUGACAGAUGUCGGACACGACCCUGACAUGAAAGUCUAUGUAGAUGAGGUGUCUUGGAGGAGGUUCAUCCCCCCGGCUCCGGUCCACAGGGAGUUUGGUCCAGGCUGGGCCCUGACCUCUGAUGUUGUUCUCUGUCUGCCUCUCUCCAUCUACAUUCAGAUUAUACAGAUAUCCUUCAAGGUGGAUGGUUUGGAGGAGUAUCUGAACGACCCAGUGAAGCAGCACUACCUCAUCAGGUUCCUGCCUUCUAGGAUGAAGACCCAACUACUGCACAAACGGAAGUACAUCUUUAGUUUCCAUGACAGCAUGCAGCGUCUGAUUUUCAUGGGUCUGCUGCAGUUUGGCCCGGUGGAGAAGUUCCAAGACAAAGACCAGGUGUACCUGUAUGUGAAGCUGCGUAACUGUAUGAUAGUAGACACUACUAUGUGUGAGCCCCACUAUAACCUGGUGUUGGAGACGAGGGUGUUUGAGAGACGCAGAUACACACUGAACACCCUGACAGACGUAGAUAACUACUGGUUUGACCUGAUGUGUGUCUGCCUCAACACACCACUUGGCGUGAUCAGGAAGGAGCGUCCGAAGAGAUGCUCUGCCUCUAAAUCCCAGGAGGGGCCAGUCGGGGUUCCCGUGGAAACAGACCGCCACAAGUUCCGUCACCUGGAUCACAUGCUCAAGGGCAGCAGGGAGGUGUGUUACACAGCAGUAAUACCAGGGGACGGUAAAGGAGCAGGAGGUCUGGACUCUGAGUUCUUCGGACACCUCAAACGCAACUGGAUUUGGACCUGUCAUCUGAUGAGAACCAAGAGGAGCAACAACCAGUACGAGUCCAGUAACACCGUGAGACUGAAUAGUCUACUGACCAAACAUGUGACCAUGGAUAGAGGCCCCAAGUUCCCCGGGCCCCAGUCCUCUAAGCAGGGGGUCCCAGCAGGGUUGAGGUUGGAGGAGGUCCACAUCUCCACUGAGCCGUCCAGUCGGAACCGGCUGGUUAAAGGAGGGAAGAAGCAGAAGAGGAAGAGAACCAUUAAACUGAAAAAACAGGCCAAAACACCACAGAAGAAGAAGAAAGUCGAGGUUAGAAAGCGGCCCCCAGUCCAUGAUGCAGCAGACCACAAAGCUCUGAUGAUGAUGACCAGACAGAGAGUAACAUGGAGCGUCAGCGAGGACUCUGUACUCAUCCUCUGUAGAGUCGCUUCACACUUCCUGAACCGCAAGCUCCGCAGGCCCUUCGUCCCGUGGUGUGUAGUGAGGGAUCUGCUCCACGCAGAGUUUGAAGAGUCUCUGGAUAAAACCUCUCCGUCUGUUGGACGACGAUCACGUUACAUCCUGAAGAACCCACAGACAUACCUCAACUACAAGAUCUGUCUGGCGGAGGUGUACCAGGACAAGCCUCUGAUAGCGAAACUUCAGGGAAGGAAACACGACCCCAACGACCCCAAGGAAUGUUCUACAGUGUUCCGGGAGUUUGUGUCGUUACUCAGACAGAAGUUCAGCUCCGCCUCCGGGUCGUGUGAUGUCACCAUCCCUGACACCAAGACACAGCUGUUCUCACGGUUCAAGGUGUACACCCUGGAGGACAUGUCAGAUGAGAAGACCAAGGACUCUCUCAACAGUAUUGAGGACAUCCACUCCCUGGUGUUGAAUAAUCUGAUCCAGAGUACAUUGGCCAUGUCCAACUCUCAGAUGAAAUGCUGCCGAUCCUUCCAGACCUUCCAUACCUACAGUAGGUACCGUCAGGAGGUUCUGUGUCAGGUGUUUGUCCAGUGCAGGAAGAAGGGAUUGGUCAACAGGCGAAGGAUCAGUCAACUGUGUGGCCCCAAUAAGAACCGUGCCCUACCCAUCCUGCCCAUGUCUUACCAACUGUCUCAGAGCUACUACAGGUGUUUUACAUGGCGUCUGCCCACGGGUCUGUGUACAGAGGUGUUUGACUUCAUGCAGGCCUUGAGUGAGAACGGGACUGGAGACAACCACCCUUCCACGGUCUUCAUACACGAAGGGAAGGAGAAGUGGGAGAGCAUGGAGAGAGGGGAGGUGGGCAUGGAGAGAGGGGAGGAGAGAAGUGAGAAGAAUAAGGAAAGAGGGGAGGAGGAGAGAGAAAAAGAGAAAGAUGAAGAUAUGGAGACAGAAGACAGAGGGAAGAACACAGAGAACGAGGAGGAGAACGAGGACAACGCGGCCCACAACCAAGAACAGGUCUCGUCUUUUACCGUCCAUGGAGUUGAGUCUACCUCCGGGGCCCUGCCUCCUGUCCUCUCACCCAGACGGAGGAGCCGGAGUCGGGGACAGCACCCGGCCUUGACCGCUCUCUCCCUCUGGAUCUCACGGAGGUGGAUGUUGCAGUUCUCCCUGGAGUCCCCGGGGGGCGCCACUCUGGCCUGUCUCAGUCUGAUGACUCUGGGUCUGCUGUCAGUCCACGUCUCCAUACCUGAACACAUAGUGGUGUUGGACAGCACCAUGGUGGACAAUGAGGUGGUUAAGAGUAUCUCAGUGCUGGCUGAGGAUGAUGAUGAUGAUGAGGAGAACGAGGGGCCUGUCGUCGAGGUGAGGGCUCACAAGGCGUCCCACACUGUUUAGUACCUGAUGAUGCGUGGAUACUGCGUUCCAGGGAUCGUCAACCUCCGAAACCUCAACACCAACGAUAGUAUCGUGGUGGAAUCGUGCACCAUGAGACUACAUCUACGACACACACCUGUACACACACUGUUUACUACCCAGGACUCUCCUCCCAUAGACUUCUCCAGACACGGUCCCUCUCUCCUCCCCUCUUUACUCUCCCAUUCCCUCAGAGCCCAUCCCUCCUCCUCCUCCUCUCCCUCCUCCUCCCCCCUCCCCUUCUCCCCCUCCUCCUCCGUAGAGGUGUGUGAGGGGCGUCUGGUGACUCAGAGAGGGUAUAGCCCAGAGGACAUUGGUGCUGUGGCAGAGCUCAGAGCAACACUGGAGAGACACGGAGCCUUCGGAUUGGACAGGCGGGACCUGGUGACAUCACACACACACCUGGCCGACCCGAGAGACGGACGGACCAGAGGUCUGCAGCGGUACAUACAGGACUUGCUGGAGGAAGAGCUGGUGUUGGAGGUGGGAGGGAGCUCAGUGCGUCUGGUGUUACUGAGUCACGCUGAGCCCUGGCUACUGACCUCCACAGAGAGUCAGAGAGACCGGCCACACCAAACCCAGCGAGGAGCCUCUGCCUUUGGGGACAGAAAGCACCACAACCCCCUCCUCCGCAAGAGAAGAAUGGUGGCCCCCAGAGAGCAGGAACCACGUAGUAAGAGAGGGAGAAGAGAAACGCUGAUGGAGGAAGAGGAGGUUGAGAAGAGGGAUGAGACACCGGAGGAGGAGGAGGAGGAGGAGGAGGAGGAGGAGAAGAUGCAGCCUGAAGAGAAAGACAGGAACGAGACUGCAGAGGAGAGAUGGAUGAAGAGAAGAGAGGAGGAGGCAGGGAAAGAAGAAGAGAGGGUACAAGAGGAACCAUCAUCUACCAUUGAGACAGAACAGAGCACAGUGGGCGACGGCGAGAAGCCAUUUUCAUCUCUAGCUGAGGAAGAGGAUGGUGAAGCUAGCGGUCUGCGUGAGGAAGAGGAUGGUGAAGCUAGCGGUCUGCGUGAGGAAGAGGAUGGUGAAGCUAGCGGUCUGCGCGAGGAAGAGGACGACAGCGGCGGCGUGUGUGACGUGUCGUUCGUCAGUCGUCCGUGGCGUAUCGUGGACGGCAGUCUGAACAGGCCGGUGUGUAAAGGCAUGCUGGACGCUGUCCUCUACCACAUCAUGACCCGGCCUGGUUUACCAGAACACGCCUUACUGGAACACUACAGAGGGGUCCUGCAGCCAGUGGUGGUACUGGACCUCGUGCAG